AUGGCGCAGAGCCAGGGUCCACGCACCGAGGCAGGCAGCGAGUCGCGCAAGCCACGAACGGCAGAGCGAGGCGAAACGUGCUGCAUGGGCGGGCAACAAGGUGAGGCUUNNUUGUCGAAACAGAGGGCUUGGCUUGCGAGGUACAAAGGCGAGUACGGCGGCUGCGAGGCAGCGAUUCGCCGAGCGGUCAAGGAGGGGAUCUGGCAGCAGANNUGCAGACUGAGAUUGGAACUCGAUUCCAAACCAGAGAUUCGAUCGACUCCACGGCCCACGGGACUUNGUCGCGAGAUGGCCCGAGUCACGGCCGCUAGCCGAAGCGGAUCACGCAUCUACGCAAGGACGAUUGGGUUUGAGAUCUGUUCGUUGGAGGAACGUGAUGUGCAUGUUGUGUGGCAGGAAGCGAACGGAAGCAUGCAGCGCAGCGUCUGCAACCGCGAGCUCAACGGCAUGGACGAUUGGCAUGUCAUGGCCGUCCGGAUGUCUUGGGUCUGGCGGUGGAAGGUUAUGCGUUAUUCCAAUGGAACAGAACAGCAGGCCCACCGGUGGCGGCCAAACCCUGACAAGCAGGAAGACACGAGAGCGGAUGUGCCAGUCGUGGUGGCGGCCAUCCCUGUCACUUUAUGCCUGAGUGAUCGUCGCAGACCGUGCACGCCCGUCGUGGUGCUAACUCAACUCAACUCGAUGUUCGCUCGCAUGAGGGUCAACUCGCCCCACGGAAUUCGCUACACGCAUGGAAUUGGCUUCGUCGACAUCAGCCCUCGAGUAGACUCGCACCACGACGACCAAAGGAAUGAGAAUUGCCAUCUGAACCGUCCACCCAUACCCAACCGACCUGCUUGCAACAUCCCACCUCGCCCGUACCCGUCACCGCACAUGAACAUGGAUUCCGGCGACAGACAAAGCCAAGACUGGGCUCAGCGACAACCGAGUCCCGUCGAGCGCCUGGCUAACAAGCAAUUCAGACCUGCGCUGCCACCCAUCAAAAUGCUCGACAUUGAGAAAAUAAAGCGCGAAGAGGCCGAAUAUCAGGCCCGUGGCACAAACAUGUCCAUGGCGCCUUCUGCUACAAACAGCCCGACCAUUGCCUACCCUUCUGGUCCCNCGCCUCCCUACAGUCGUCCUUCGUAUCCCGAUGCUCGCCUUCCCACAGAAGCUCGUCGUGCAUCGAACGAGAACGCCGCGACUCAGGCCACCAAGCAGUCGUUGCCAUCGAUCCAUGAGGCUCUGGGUGUAGAGCAACCCGCUGCCUACCCUCCCACCACUCAAAGGCCCUACUCAUCCGCUCCUCAGCCUGGAUACUACGCUCCUGUCACAGCACCUUCACCCGCUUCGCCCGUGCCUGCCAGAAGGUCUUUCGCUGCAAUGGACCCCCUCCUCCACCACAAUCCGNCCGUUUUUACCCAUGGCCCUCGCAGUCCCUAUACCCAGCCCCACCAGGAGAUUAGUCCUCGUCAGAUGCCCGAGCACCAAGAUCGCCAAAGAUCGGUAUAUGCUACACAGCCCAUCGCGUCACACGCUGGCCAGUCUCCUGUGGCUCACCAACCACAAUACCCGCGUUCAUAUCCUGUCACUGCCUCCCAUGAGAGGACCGCUUCUCACCCUCUUAGUAUGCCUCCUGUCGCUCCUCCAUCAGCACCUCAGCAUGCUCUUCCUUACGGUUACGCUCCCGCUCCUGUUCCUGUCCCGGUCCAAGCUCCAGCACCUUAUGCAUCUCAUUAUCCCUAUCCUCCACCGGCCCCGCACUCCGCUGCACCUACCUCUUCCAUUUAUCAGCCAUCAAUUACCCAACCUGCUCCUAUUCCAAAUGGCGAGCCUGGAAGAGUUCCUUUCGGCGAUUCAGUGAAACGUCAUUUGGACAUGUGGGACUUUGGCGAAGCCCUGAACGAGAUUGCCGACUCUAGUAGCUAUAUGCUGGACUUUAGCAGACAAUGUGGUGCUCGUCUGCACCAGUCUCAAAGAUCAGAUCCUGCUCCCGGCAAUUUACCUCAACUACAAGAAAUUGACCAUCUGAUGGAAAAGUCUCGUCGUCAACUUGAUUGCUACGCCAAGAUGCGAGAAUUCAUCAUUGCCCAGCAGACCGCUUAUUUCCAACAAGCUCAAGAACAGCAAUCCAGGGCUCAGGAGGGCAUCAAGCGUGAUUCUGUCCACCAGAACGAGGAGGCAAAGGCUGGUGGAUUUGCCGGUGCCGAGGCCAAGAAACGCAGAGGAACGCCCGAAUGGCGCAGAGGUCCAGAUGGUGCUCGCACUUUGUGCAAUGCUUGCGGACUUCACUAUGCCAAGCUGACAAGGAAAGCCGGAAAGAACGCAGCCGCCAUCUCCAGCUCCAACCUACGUCCUAAAGCACCCGAGGAUACGCAAAACUGA